CAUCUCUAUCACUAACUUGACAAUAUCUCGACACUUUGUACUGCCACAGCAAAGAUGUCUCACCGAAAGUUUGAAGCCCCGCGACACGGCUCGCUGGCCUUCCUUCCCCGAAAGAGAGCGGCAAGACACAGAGGAAAGGUCAAGAGGUUGGUUAUCUGAAGUCAUGACUCGCUUGAAAGAGUCGAAGCUGAAACAUUUCACAGCUUUCCCAAGGAUGACCCCAAGAAACCAGUACAUUUGACCGCAGCCCUGGGCUACAAGGCCGGCAUGACCACCAUCGUCCGUGACCUUGACAGACCGGGUGCGAAGAUGCACAAGAAAGAGGUUGUCGAAGCCGUCACCGUUGUCGAGACCCCACCUUUGAUCGUCGUCGGUCUCGUCGGCUACAUCGAGACCCCUCGGGGCCUGCGAUCACUCACAACAGUUUGGGCAGAACAUCUCAGCGACGAAGUCAAGCGAAGAUUCUACAAGAACUGGUACAAAUCGAAGAAGAAGGCCUUCACCAAGUACGCCAAGAAGCACUCAGAGAACAAGGGCGCCUCCGUCACCCGAGAACUCGAACGUAUCAAGAAGUACGCUACAGUCGUCCGUGUCCUUGCCCACACUCAGAUCCGCCAAACUCCUCUCAAGCAGAAGAAGGCUCACUUGAUGGAGAUCCAAAUCAACGGUGGAAGCGUGGCAGACAAAGUUGCCUUCGGCAAUGGCCUCUUUGAGAAACCCGUCGAGAUCGACACCAUCUUUGAGCAGGAUGAGGUCAUUGAUGCCAUUGCCGUCACCAAGGGCCACGGUUUCUCUGGCGUCACCAGCCGAUGGGGAACCAAGAAGCUUCCAAGAAAGACACACAAGGGUCUUCGAAAGGUCGCCUGUAUCGGUGCAUGGCAUCCUUCCCACGUCCAGUGGACCGUUGCCCGUGCCGGUCAAGACGGUUACCAUCACCGUACCUCGGUCAACCACAAGAUCUACCGCAUUGGCAAGGGCUCAGACGAGAAGAACGCCGCCACCGAAUUCGAUGUGGUCAGCAAGCAAAUCACACCUUUGGGUGGCUUUGUCCAUUAUGGUGAAGUCAAGAACGACUUCGUUCUACUCAAGGGCUCCAUUCCCGGUGUCAAGAAGCGAGUCAUCACCCUCCGCAAAUCUCUCUACACUCAUACAUCCCGCAAAGCUCUCGAGAAGGUCGACCUCAAGUGGAUCGAUACUUCGUCUAAAUUCGGUCACGGAGCUUACCAGACUGCCCAAGAGAAGAGACAGUUCCUCGGUACUCUCAAGAAGGAUCUUGUCGCUUCUUCGUAGAAUCUUUGCAUGCUGGAGAGAUGCAAAGAGUGGAUACCCUAAAGGUCCUGGGGGUUGGAGCCUUCUUGACCCAUGAAAAGUGUGUUUUCUGUCUUGCGUCAUGAGCGAAAUCCCAGACAGGAUACGGCACCACCUAGAACCCAGAGCUUUCCUGUAUUGCUCUAUGGUUCAUGCGCGAGAAUCAAGUCAAGCUGCUCCAUUAGUUGUUACACUGCAACCCAUAGCUGCAUAGUGGAGUUUGUAGUGCACAAUGAAAUACAGAUGCCAAAAGA